GCUGAUAAGUUUGAUAAUGGCACAAAAAAGGAAAAGGAAGUCACAUUUUCAGCUUAGAGACAGUCAGUUCCUGGACCAUGACACUGCAACGCUAGUUCAUAAUGAAAUAAGAGAACUAUUUAACAAAAAAAUCACUCUCAAGGAACGAGAACAGCAAUGGGCACUUCCUCAAAGYGACUGUCUUUGUAUAGAUGAGCCGUUCAUGGUGAGUGAGUUUUUAUCGUUGAAGAAAGAGCUUAAUGCAACUAAGAGCCUCUUAAAUGACAUGGACAUUGAAGAAUGGCACCAACAUACACGUCGCAUGCAUAAAGCUGGACUUGUUGUCAAGCAUUUGAGACAGAAUGCUAAUGCAGAAAUGUGUACCCAGGCUUGGGCAAAGUUUCAAGAGAUACUAGGAACAUAUAACCUUAUCCCAAAUCAGGUCCUUACGCAUAAAAAAGUGAACACAGUGCACUUGUGUGAGGCCCCAGGGGCAUUUAUUGCAUGCAUGAAUCAUCACAUGAAGAAUAAUGUACCAGGAGUCAAAUGGCAAUGGAAAGGGACCACAUUGAAUCCAUACUAUGAAGGCAAUGAUCUUAAUGCUAUGCUAGAUGAUGAUACUUUCAUAUUUGAGACAMGAGAAAGCUGGAACUUUGGACAAGAUGGGACUGGGGAUCUGAUGGACAUACAAAAUCUGAAGUUUUUAAAGCAGGACUGUGAAACAAUGGGAACAGUUGACUUGGUUACAGCAGAUGGUAGUAUUAACUGCGCUGAUGACCCUGGAGAGCAGGAAAAGGUUGUCAGUCAGUUGAUAUUCUGUGAAAGUCUUGCUGCUAUGGAGGUUCUAAGUGAYGGUGGUAAUUAUGUAGUUAAGAUGUUUACAGCUUUAGAAUAUCACAUGGUUUGCAUGCUGUAUCUAUUGUGCUGUGUAUUUGAGGAGGUUCAUUUCAUGAAACCUGCAACAAGUAAAGCUGGUAACUCAGAAGUUUAUGUCAUUUGCAUGGAUUACUGUAGAAGUAAUUUACCAGAAGGAUACAAGGGAAUACUWCAUGGCAUCUAUGGUGGCAAUAUUCCUGAUAAAGCAUUGUUUCCAUUGAAGUGUUUGCCAGCAGACUUCAUUGAACGACUCUGCAAGUGUCAGCAUUUCUAUAUUGACAUGCAAAAGAAUGAGAUUAUAGAGAACAUCAGGUCUUUUCACAUGAUGACCAAGCAAGAUAGACAUGUCAAUCAUCACGUCAGGAAUCAAGCAGUUCAUCAUUAUGUUAACUUGUWUAAUGUGAAGCCCUUGGAUGAGUCUGAGCGUAUUGUACUUGAGUGCCAUCUAGAUGGUGUGCAACAUGGUCAUCACAAUGAUUUCAACAGUAAUCAGCAUUUUAGUAACAGGAGAAAGUGUGGUACAUACAAUGAAAGACAUGACAAAACUUGGCUCCAGAUUUUACAGCAAGACGAGCUCUUCCAACCAAAAGUCUUCACUAGUUUAGCAGAAAUGCGUUUGGCAAAAAAUGGAAUGCAGUUUAUCUCAUUGUUUCCAGAAGACGUAGAGUGGUUAGAAGUAAACAGCGAAAACAAAAUUAAUUUUUACUUUGCAAAGGGUAAAAUGAUCAGCAAUAUCUUAAAUUCUCGUUUCUGCUCAUCGUAUUACAUCACCAAGCUGAACACAGCAAUCGCAAAUACAUCAAUCACAGCUGGUAAGGAAUGGAAGGAAAUGUCCCAGCAAACACCAGCAGAUGCUUGUCCGCAUUGUAACUAUURCUCUAUUAUUAUCUUGGAUCAUCUUGUCAAGUUUACUGAAAGAAAAGGAGAYACAUCRUUGUUGCUAGGGAUACCGUUACCAUGCCAUUGUAUUGACAAUUAUCUUCAAUCGCAGGGGGUCCAGCUUCAAAGCUCUCACCUUCAAAGUCAAGCAGUAGAUCUAGUAAUUGUACCAUUAUUAGAUAGUGUCCCCCCUGAAUACUGUAUUAGCCAAACCCUUGAACUGAAGAUAAAGAGGACUCUUCUAAAUACAUGCAUUAGUACACUCAAAGUCUUAAAUCCGGGGGGGACAUUUGUAUGUCAGCUUUACACCUCCCUAACUCGCUUUACCGUGGGUGUUCUGUACAUUCUACACUGCUUAUUUAAAUGCAUYGCGGUUAUCAAGCCUGUGGUGGGUUCCCUGUGUUGUCCAAACCGAUUUAUUGUGUGCAAAGGAUACAUUGGAUUUGACCAGGACAUUCUAACGUCACUGAUGAAGGCACAUGACCUUCUAGUCACAUGUCAACCGCAAGAGGAUUUGCUUGAGGUCAUCGAUAUGAAGUGUUUGUAUGAAGAGAAGUUCUUYGGGUUUGUCAGAACAAUGAAUGAACAACUUGCGCAUGUCCAGAUUGUUGACAUUGUUAAUCGAGAGUCRUWUGAACGUGAUGUCUUCAACAAGCAAACUGCUGAUUUAGUUAAAGAAUCCAUGAAUCAUUUUAAAAUUACUGUAAAUGCWUAGGAAUCUGGUUUAUAUUAAAAUGGUGGAAAC